AUGCUAGACAAACUCCCCACGGAAAUAUUGAGUAUAAUGCUGAGCUAUGUAACUAGUCAUAAAGACCUAAAGCAAGUAUGUGAGGUGUGCACCCGCCUGCGGGACUGUGCUAUACCCCGCCUUUAUCAGUGCCUGGUCUUCAAUGAUCCGGAAGCGACAUUGAAAGAGUUGGCUGCGGCUGUAAACUCAAUUCCAAGAAGAUAUGCGUCGCAUAUACGAGACCUUGAAUUGAGGGUUCUGAUCCAUCAUCGAACAUGCUAUCACGAAAUACAUGAUGACGCAUUCGACCCCGAGGACUCGCUAUCUGACUACUCUGAAUAUAUGGAACAUGAACUAGAACGUGAUAUCAGAGAUGGAAUAGAAUUAACUAUGCAGAUGGUGGGACACCCCAUGAUAGUGAAUCACUUGUUGAUUUGA